AUGGGUGAACUGUCGGAGUGUCUGUCAACCAUCGACUGUGCGGACAAAAGCGCAGGUGGAGGGAUGAACACGGUUCUUGAGGACCCGGAGAUGGAGGAGGAGUACGCCAAGAGCUACAUCAACGGAUACGCCGCGCUGGUGUGGAACGAGGAUGGGACUUCGGCCCGAGGUCUGGUGCCUGUCCGCUACUACUCCGAGUCAGACUCCAGCUCGCCGAGAGAGUCCAAGGAAGAGGGAGAAGAGGCCAGCAGCAGCGAAGCUCCUCUAGGACGAGAGAAGGACGAGGUUGCUGCCAGUCAGAGAGAAGGGAGAGGAGCGCUUGCGAGGCAGAAGGAGCCGGGGAUGGUGUCGACGAAAACGCUGCGACGGCUGGACGAGCGAGCAGAGCGAGUGAAGGCGCUAUGGGAGCGUCAAGGCUUUUCAACCUACUGGGACCUGAGGUGGACGCCAGAUGGAGGGCAGAAGAAGGCACAGGAGGAGGAGGAGGAGGAGGAGGAGGAGGAGGAGGGCGAGGAGGCAGAGCAGGUAAAGGCAGAGGACAGGCAGAGCUUUCAGAGUGUGGCGUACUCGUGGCGGGAGGUGAGCAAGAAGGAUGGAGAUCGGUCUCCUCUAGACGCCAGCGAGAGGCGGGGCCCCUGCUCCAUCUACUCGCUGCAGGGCCGACGGCCGACCAUGGAGGACGCGUUUGCCUCCUUCCCCUGCUCCGGCAGGACCGACAUGGCGCUCAUGGCGGGCAAGUGGCGUCUCUUCGGCAUGUUCGACGGUCACGGGGGGACGCGCUGCUCUCACUUCUGCCGUGACGAGCUCCUCACCAACGUAGCCAGCUUCAUCCCAGCUGGGGACGCCAGCUGCGACCAGGUGUGCGAGGCUCUGAUCGAGGGGUUCUUGUACUCGGACCGCAAGUUCCUUCUCCAUGCCGAGCGGUUCGACUGGAUCGACGGCUCGACCGCCAUCGUCGUCGCUCUCUCCUCCUCCGAGAUCAUCGUGGCCAACGCAGGAGACUGCCGAGCUGUCCUUGGCGUGGUGAGGAGUAGCGGAGACGCCGGGGAGCUGAUCGUGGACUCGAUCGCCAUGUCGCGCGACCACCGACUAGACGACGAGGAAGAAGUCUCGCGCGUUCAGUCCAUGGGAGGGUUUGUGCUUCACCGUUACGGGUCCGGCAUCCCCCGCGUCAUGGGCGUACUCGCUGUCUCAAGAGCUCUCGGCGAUGCCUCCUUGAAGCCGUACGUCACUGCCGAACCCGACAUCUCCCUCAUCGCACGCGCCGACGAACAAUGGUUCAUCGUCCUCGCUACAGAUGGGCUUUGGGACGUUUUCAGCAAUGAGGAGGCAGUCAGCUUCAUUCUCGCGCAUAUGAUCGAAGGAGCGCCAGACUGCGGAGCGAGGGCUCUGGCGCAUGCCGCUUUCAAGAGAGGAUCGACGGACAACAUCUCAGUGAUGAUCAUCGACCUUCGAGGAGGACGAGGAUGA